AUGGCGCUGACUCUGUUGAUGACGGCGUGCGCCUUUGCCCGUCUCGGUGCCGGUGCCAUAUGUCUCGAAAAGGCCACGACGAUUCCCGACGGAUGGCAGAUGCUUGACGAGGUACCCGAUCCCUCGACGCCAAUGCGGUUCUCAAUUGCGCUGAGGCAGCCAGAGAUGCACGGGCUGGCAUCCAAGAUCCUCGCCGACGGCUUGCUGGGCAUGGGCGACACGCGGUCUCUCAGAACGCCUGCACAAGACGAUGUAGACCAUGUCAUGGAGUGGCUAUCGAGCAAUGGCAUCUCCGAGGCCAAGGUUGACACGGACUGGAUCCGCGUUGCGACGACUGUUGGUGAAGCAAAUAACCUGCUUGAUAUGCAGCUUCGCCGGUACUCGUACGACGGCAAGAAGCCCAUUCUUCGCGCCCCCGAGUACAACAUCCCCGACUCCCUUGACACAGCCAUAGAUUUCAUCCAUCCCAUUGCCAACUUCAUGACGCCCGAGCACGAGGUAUCCGUUGCACCGCCGCUGGCCGAGGACGCGGGCCUGCACCGCCGUGAUGUCGCCUGCUCGCCCACCACGACUCCCGACUGCAUCAACAAGCUGUACGGAAUCAACUACACGACCCCCGACGGCAAGUCGUGCAUUCGAUUCGGCAUCGCCGGUUUCUUGGAACAAUGGGCCAACUACGACGACACGAGGCGGAGCUUUGAACACUCGCGGCCCGACCUCGUCAAGGCCGGCUACAACUUCACCGUGGAGCUCAUCAACGGCGGCGAGAACCAACAGGACCUGGGCACCGCCGGAUCCGAGGCCAACCUGGACAUUCAGUUCGGCAUGGCCGUUGGAUACCCCACAAACGUCAUCUACUAUUCCACCGGCGGCCGUGGUGUCAAGAUUGGCGACAACGGCGAGCCCCUUACCGGCGAGCUGGACGACAACGAGCCCUACCUCGACUUCUUCCACCACCUCUCCUCCAAGAAGAACGAGGAGCUCCCCCACGUGCUGUCCAUCUCGUACGCAGACGACGAGCUGUCCGUGCCUAGGGCCUACGCCAUCCGCGUCUGCAACGAGAUUGGCAUGCUCGCCAGCCGCGGCGUGUCCGUCCUCAGCGGCUCCGGUGACGGCGGCGCCAAGGGCGGCCGAAACGCGACCUGCCGCAGCAACGACGGGAGCAACAGGGACAUGACCAUCUCGACCUUCCCAGCCUCGUGCCCCUGGGUCACAUCCGUCGGCGCCGUCAACAACGGCCAGGAGCCGCCAAACGGAUCCGUCUUCAGCUCUGGCGGCUUCUCGGCCUACUUUAAGCGCCCGGACUGGCAGGACGCCGCUGUGAGCGAGUACAUCGCCGCACUUAACGGCCACCUAGAGGGCUACUAUAACUCGAGCAUGCGUGCCGUGCCGGACAUUUCCGCCAUCGGCACCCGGUUCCAGACCGUCAUCAACGGGACCCCCUUUAUGCUUGAUGGGACCAGCGCGAGUACCCCCGUCCUCGCUGGCAUGAUUGCCCUGGUGAAUGACGCGCGUGUUCGUCAGGGGAAGCCCGUCUUGGGCUGGUUGAACAAGAGGCUGUACUCGGACGAGGUUCGUGAGGUCCUGCAGGACAUUAAGGCCGGACAGAGCUUCUCGUGCAAGUUCUCUGGGGGAAAGGAGCCCGGGGGCUGGCCUGCCACCGAGGGGUACGAUGCGAUUACGGGCCUUGGCGUGCCCAACGACUUUAACAGGUUUAUGGACGUGUUGGUCAAUAUGGACUAG